AUGCUUAACAAGAGCGGCGCUAAACCCUUCAAGUGUGAGCAUUGCCACUACUCGACUAAGCGCGCCUUCGACCUGCGACGUCACAUGCAACGCCACACAAAAGUGAAGCCCAUCGAGGGAACGGAAUUCAAAUGCAGCGAAUGCGCCUUCACCACUAAAUGGAAACGGAAUAUGGGACGUCAUAUGCGCACCCACGAUAUUAAGCAACCAACAGAAGACGAAACUGAGGAGACAUACGAAGAAAUUCUGGUGGAAAUAAUUGAGCCAUCAGACGUACAAUAUGCUAUUGAGGAUGCACAGAGUUCCACGACUGAAGUGGAAACAAUUGCAACUCCAACUGAAAUCACAAUGAAACUCUUUGUAUGUGGACAAUGUCAAUACACAACGAACCGGGCAUUUGAUUUGCGGCGCCAUGAGCUAACUCAUUCUAGGCCCAAGAUCGCGGACGACACAACUGCAUAUGAAUGUUUAAAAUGUCAAUUUCGAACCAAGUGGAAGCGUAAUAUUGUGCGGCACGUUAGAAUGCAUGCUGAAGUCAGUAUUGAAAACAAUGUACAAGAACUAGAUGACCAAUCUACGGAAGAGUUAAUGGUGGAACUAAUGAAUACCGAGGAUAACAAUCCGGAUACAGCUGAUAACGUUAAAAUUUGCUCAGCAAAUUCAGAUUCACAGUUAACCGAGUAUGAAAUCACAGAGUAUCCACAACCAACAAGUCCUGCAAAUAGAGAGAAACGCUUUAAAUGCACACAGUGUCAUUAUGAAUCAAAACGUGCCUUCGAUUUGCGGCGUCAUGAGCGAAGACACACCAAAGUGAGGACAGUUGAUGGGACGGCAGUUAAAUGUACAGAAUGCUCAUUUGUAACGAAAUGGAAACGCAAUAUGAAGCGUCACAUGCAGCAGCAUAAAACGAGAGCAGUUCCCUCUGAUAAAUCCACUUGGGAGGAGGAAUCAUUAGUGGAAUUAGUUGAUGAACCCGUCUCGGAAGUAGAAACUUAUUCGCUUUCCAUAGAACCAAGCAUAAAGUCGGAGAUGUUGGAUCCCAGUGAAAUAGAUAGGGAAUUGGUGUCUCCGCUGUAUGAACUGUUGGAGUCGGAUGAUGACGAUAAAGAUCCGGAUGUACUUCCCUCCCACUGGCUUGCGGUCCAAGGAUGA